GAGAGUUUGCAUUGGAGCUUGACGAUCAGUUGGUAUGUGCCUUGGUGCAGUGUGAAUCCUUACCCUUCACCAGAGAAUAAAGAGAAAGAAGUGUCCAAGUUUCCUUUAUUUUUUGAAGGACCAAAGCCAUUCGAGGUUACAGUUAAUGCCGGGGAUCCUUUACCUGUGAGCUUUCUACUCUCGAUGAUCCAAUUAGUUCUGUGUAUACGCGGUUCUCAUUAA